AUGCAAUUCUUCAUAACCGGCGCAACAGGCUAUGUUGGCAGCACUUUGACAGAGCAAUCCAUCGCACAAGGCCACACUGUUCACGGUCUCUCUCGGACUGAAAGCGGCGAUUCAAAACUAAAAGCUCUAGGAGCAAUCCCGGUCCGUGGUGAUCUGACAACGCUCGAUGUCCUCCGCCAAGAAGCUGCUCAAGCAGACGCAGUAUGCCACCUAGCAUACAUCCACGACUUCACAGCAAAUUAUGAAGAAAUCCUCGCCAUCGAUGCUGCAGCAGUAGAUGCUCUCGCUGAACCUCUUCGCGGCACCAACAAAGCUCUUGUAAUCACCUCCGGCACUCCGGUCGCGGAGCCGGAUCCUGCAGGUGGCGAGACUAACGAGAGCUCGCCCUUAUUGAAGAAUCCUCCUGUUGAUCGACAUCGUUCGGAGAAGCACGCCUUGAGCAAAGCCAAAGAAGGAGUGCGAGUCAGCGCUAUCCGUCUCACGCCGUAUGUUCAUGGCAGGGGUGGUUCAGGAUUCAUCCCAAUGCUCCUUGACCGGGCUGCCAAGGACGGGGAGUCAAUCUAUAUCGACGACGGAGCCACUCAUACUAGCGGGGUCAAUGUCGAUGAUGCAGCUGCUAUGUAUCUCCUUGCGGUGGAGAAAUCCAAGCCAGGUGAUGUUUGGAAUUGCUGUGAGGAUAAGUCUGUUUCGAUGAAGGACUUGGCGGGGGCUGUCGGCGAACUGAUGAGAGUACCCGUGAAGUCUAUUACGGCGGAAGAGGCGACGAAGAAGGGCGGCCAAUUCCUGGCUUUGAUCUUGACUAUGGUCAAUCGUCCAUCGAACCGGAAAGCAAAGAGAGAACUGGGUUGGAAGCCAACACGACUCGAUAUUUUGGAGGAUGUGAGAGCCGGCUCUUAUUCGGAGUUGGCGUCGAAGUUGCUGCAGGGCGAAGGUGUCGUCAAGCACUAUAGUACGGAGUCGUCAUAA